GCUCGUUGCUACAACGUCGUCAAGCACCGACUACCGGUUUAAGCCCUGGUUACUUCAAUGUGCGAACUUUUGCACAAAUAAUUCUUGUUUGCUUUUCUAUUGUGAUACACAAAUAUUACGGGUGUUAUUGUCGGAACGGUAGUGGAAACACACGACGAGUCAAAGGAUUCCAAAAUAAAUCAAUCUCGGAGAAAAUUAUAGUGUAAUUAAAAACAGACGGAAUAGUACAAUGCUUUAAUAUAUCGCUACUGUUUUAAAAUAAUAUUGAAUAGUGAGAGGGCUUAAAGUGACAUCAAAAAUGGCAACACCAAGUAGGGAGGCAGCUAUUUUAGCUGAAAAGUUCCCAGACAAUAUCUCAAUUAGUGAUCUCUGCGAUUGUGGAAAUCCACGAUGUUUCGCGCAGCAGGGACGACGCCACAAAAGGCGGAAGGAGCAGAUGCCAAAACCUCGGCGUCUUCGGUCCUACCCCGACGUAUCCGACUACCGGGACACGUUUAAACACGCCAAAGACGUCCGGCCCCGAUCCAGCAAGCGCCCGCCCCCCUCUCCGCGCAACCCCAACCCCCCGGCUAUGACCUUCUCCACCAAUCAAAGAGAUGACUUUAAGGCCCCCAAAGAAGUUGGACGUCCACCAGACUUUGCACCGAAAGAGCUCUACGAAGCGCCAUCCGUGCCAGUUGAGAAAGAUACGUAUUAUACACAGGAGUUCACUGCCAAACACGCGCUCCCGGAAAUAAGACGGUACGAGGCGCCGCGGGAGAACUUCCGGCGAACAAGCGCGAGGUUUGACGGACGGACGACCUACAAGGACCACCACAAGAGAUGGGUAGGGCAGAAACAAGUGGCGUUCGGCGAACUGCCUAGCUUCGUCGGCUCUAUUCUGUUCCCGUCGAAAGACAACACUGGUCAAAGCAUCACCCAGCAGUCGUUUACCGGGGAGUUCGCGAAACGUCCCGACGCCAUCCGCCUUGCCGAGUCCCACAUACAGAUGGAAGGCAACCACAUGAUGACGACGACCAACAUGGACACUUACAAAGACGUCAAGGGCGACCACCGUCCAUCCCAGAUCGUCCGACAAUCCGACCUUGGGCGCCACAAGCCGCGCGGGAAGUUCGCAGCCGAGACUCAGGCCAUGCAUGACUUUCCGGGCUACCACGGCGGCCAGCCCAAGCCGCCCAUGCCCGCCAGACCCGCACCAGACACGCUGGACCUCAAGUUUGAUAACAGCCGGAGUUUCGAGACGGAGCAGCGGAAGAUCUACCGUGGCCAUGACGUGCUGAAGAACCCGAAGCCGCUGGCGUGUAAACUGGAGGACAGCUAUGAGCCUCCGGGCACCGACCUUGACACUGAGACAAGCAACAAGCGAGAUUACAGGCCCAUAGAUCUAUCGCGGGCCUAUAUUGCACGUGCAGUGGUACCAACGCAGAAGGUCCAGAAAUCUGACGCCAAGUUUGACGACCACACAACGUCCAAAGAUUUCUUAAAGAACUGGGGCCCCACCACACGUGUAAGAUACGGCGAUUUCCACGAGAACCGACCCUACCUGCCACCCACUCAGAAGUUUGACGGCGAGAGCGUCGCGCAUACGUCAUUCACACCUAAAAAGUACGAGCCGACCAGGGACUACAAACCGGAAGAUAAACCAGUUAACCGCGAGGGUGAUUUUGACUUUAACACCGUCUCUCACAUGACCUAUCAAAAACCGGAAGUGAAGCCAUGCCGCGCGGCGAUGUAUUUGAUGCAGCAGGAACUUAAAAGACAGCGCGCAAGUCAACAAAGGGGAGCCGGGACCCCGACGGGCCUCGUCAUCUCCGCGAAUUAAACACUUAACCAUAUAUUGGCAAAUCUCAUAAAUAAGGAGAGGCGAUGGUCAGGGGGGAAGGCGUUUCAUCAAGAUUUCUAGGAGCGAGGUCGUACACAUUAAAGAGAGAGGAUUAUCAUAAAUGCUCUAUGCUGAACAUCGAAAUCGCUCCUAAGAGUUUUGAUAAAACAUUAUAAAAUAAUAAUUGCCUAAAUAUCGAGAUAACAAGAAUAACAAUCAGUUAUCAGUCAGUCGAUGAUUAAAUUGACUUCAUGAAUAAAAUUGAAAUACGUAUAUUUGAAUAGUUAUGAACGGUAUACAAACAUUCAUUUAUUUAUAAAUACAUGGGUGUGGUUUCCAUGGAACCAUAGGAGCGGUUUUGCGUCUAAGAAUAUUUUCAGAAGUGCAUGAAACUCAUGUACAUGUUCGAAGUACUAUUGAAAAUAGAUAAUAAUCGGUCCUAGAACUUUUAUAGAAAGAACCCCUGGUAUAUACAUUUAACACAAGAUUUCACAAACAUGGGACCGAUUGUUCAGAACUUCGUUAUUGUUAACAACGUUGUGAACAGCUUCGUUGUUAACUUUAAAAGGUGAAAUAUUGUAUUUCAUGAUCAUUUGAAGUUAACAAAAACUACGUUAACAAAGUUGUUGAUUUUAACAAAAAUCUGAAAACUCGGCCCAAUGUUAGCAUAUAACAGCACAUGUGCAAAACGUUUGUAUAGAUGGAAAUGCUGCUGUAUAGUUUCAAAUGUUGAGUUGUUGAUUUUGAUUGCAAGUAUUUUUGAAGGCUGUUUCAUUUUGAGUUGAUCUUAUUUUCAUUGCUCUGAUCUUGUUUUUUUAUUAUAUUUAUAUAUGUAUUCUAUUAAUGUAACUGUGAUUGGCAUCGCCUGUGAUAAAAACACAUAGGCGGCAGUAACGAUCGGGGAAUGGUGAAAAUAUUAUCAUAUACAAACACUAUAAUCGUCUUCCCUGACCGAAACUGUCGCCUAUGGUAAUACAUGUUUAGAGAUUAAAAAGGGUUGCACAGUAGAUGCAGGGUAACACACAAAGAAAACAGAAAUGAAAAUCCGGGUAUUAAUUCACCAUACAGUAUUGCUAAAGAAACUAGAUUGUUCUGAUUAUUAAUAUCUUUUGCAAGUUUCUUUGAGAUUUCGUGUAAUUUGCCAGUUUCUAUGGAUGUUGAUAUAUUUUGCAAUGCGUAGUGGUGUCUAUAGAUUUGUGUGUUGUUUCUAGUUAAAUAGUUUAGAAUUGUGUCUUCAUCUCUUUUUAUAUAAAUAUUUCAUGUAUAAAUCCGAAAUAAGAGAAAUAACAACAAUAUGUACUUUGGUAUGAUUUAUAUGAUUAUAUUUAUACAAAAGUCUCCAGCCCUUAAAUCGUCUAAGUUUACUUUUUGUUUCAAUGUAGGAGAGAAAAAGUAAUAUAUAACACCAAAACUCACGAUUUUAACUAGAAAUUGUUACAAUUUUCGUCGGGAAGUACACCUAAAGUUCUUCCCAACUUUUUAAUCCAAAUAAAUUUCGAUUUUGAGGGUUUGGCGCAAGUCAGAAAAUUACGCCCAAAUCCUGAUACAUCUACGUACUGACUAAAAUAGUACUGAUAAGCCAAGUUACACUUAAAUCCUUGUAUUAUACAAUAUUCUAUGUAAAGAUUGUGAUUGGUCAAAUUGGUUUGAAAUAUAUUUCAAAAAUUUGAAAAUCUUGCUGCGGUGCUGAUUGGACGAGAAACACAGAAAGGGGCGGAGUUAACUAAAUGUUAUUCAAACGUGUUUGAGAUGCUCAUUGGAUGAAAAGCACAGAAGGGGCGGAGUGUGCUAUAUUUAAAGUGUGUAGUUGUUCGAAUGUGUUUGUAUGUAACUGUAAUUUAUACAUGUUCAUUGUUGUAUUGUCUCAUUUAGUUGGCAGAUAACCUUACACACAUUUAACAACCUAAUGUCUAAUUAUUGCAUUCAACAUACAUGUAUUGACUUUCCGAAAAAGCAUUGCAUUUUACUAUAAUUUUAUAUAUUUAUUGUUAUAGCAAACUAUUUUACAUGUAAAUGUACUGUUAUUGUAUUGGAACCAAAUGAGUUUGAAAUAAAUCUAACAAAUGUG